CUUUACGAGAACAAGGACCAUGGAAUGCUGAGUGCAGCAGCGUCCCUUGGCAUGAUUCUGCUGUGGGAUGUGGACGGUGGCCUCACCCAGAUUGACAAGUACCUGUACUCCUCUGAGGAUUCUAUCAAGUCAGGAGCCCCCCUGGCCUGUGGCAUUGUGAACUCUGGGGUCCGGAACGAGUGUGACCCUGCUCUGGCCCUGCUCUCAGACUGCAUUCUCCACAACAGCAACACUAUGAGACUUGGUUCCAUCUUUGGACUAGGCUUGGCUUGUGCUGGCUCCAAUCGCGAAGAUGUUCUAACACUGCUGCUGCCUGUGAAGGGAGAUUCCAAGUCCAGUAUGGAGGCGGCAGGUGCGACUGCUCUAGCCUGUGGAACGAUUGCAGUGGGAUCCUGCAAUGGAGAUGUCACUUCCACUAUCCUUCAGACCAUCAUGGAGAAGUCAGAGACUGAGCUCAAGGACACUUACGCCCGCUGGCUUCCUCUUGGAUUGGGCCUCAAUCACCUGGGGAAGGGAGAGGCCAUCGAGGCAAUUCUGGCCGCGCUGGAGGUUGUGUCAGAGCCAUUCCGCAGUUUUGCCAACACACUGGUGGAUGUUUGUGCUUAUGCAGGCUCUGGGAAUGUACUGAAGGUGCAGCAGCUGCUCCACAUUUGUAGCGAACACUUUGACUCCAAGGAGAAGGAGGAAGACAAAGACAAGAAGGAAAAGAAGGACAAGGACAAGAAGGACGCCCCCGCUGACAUGGGAGCACAUCAGGGAGUGGCUGUGCUGGGCACUGCCCUCAUUGCAAUGGGGGAGGAGAUCGGUGCAGAGAUGGCACUGCGGACCUUCGGCCACCUGCUGAGAUAUGGGGAGCCUACACUCCGACGGGCUGUGCCUUUAGCACUGGCCUUAAUCUCUGUGUCAAAUCCACGACUCAACAUCCUGGAUACCCUGAGCAAAUUCUCCCAUGAUGCUGACCCAGAAGUUUCUUAUAACUCCAUUUUUGCCAUGGGCAUGGUGGGCAGUGGUACCAAUAAUGCCCGUCUGGCUGCGAUGCUGCGCCAGUUAGCCCAGUAUCACGCCAAGGACCCCAACAACCUCUUCAUGGUGCACUGGGCACAGGGCCUGACACAUUUAGGGAAGGGCACACUCACCCUCUGCCCCUACCAUAGUGACCGGCAGCUUAUGAGUCAAGUGGCCGUGGCUGGACUGCUCACUGUGCUUGUCUCUUUCCUGGAUGUCCACAACAUCAUCCUAGGCAAAUCUCACUAUGUAUUGUAUGGGCUGGUGGCUGCCAUGCAGCCCCGAAUGCUGGUUACAUUUGAUGACCUGUCCUGUAACCCAGGCAUGUGCCCUGACUGGGAAUCUAACCUGUGA